GUGUGUGUGUGUGUGUGUGUGUAAAUAUUUUUCUGCACUUGUGGAACCUGUCUGUCUGCUUUGUGUGUGUGUGUGUGUGUAUGAGAGAGAGAGAGAGAGAGAGAGAGAGAGAGAGAGAGAGAGAGAGAGAGGACACAUCCUGGGGUGUAGAGAAAAACAGAAAAUAUACAGAAGGACGAGAGAAUUUUCAGGUUGCCUGACGUGGCCUUGAUGUGGACUGAGUGUGUGUGUGUGUGUGUGUGUGUGUGUGUGUGUGUGUGUGUGUGUGUGUGUGUGUGUGUGUGAAAGCGUGAAUCUGUGAGGAGGUCCAAGACGAUCGUUUGCAAGUGUGUGUGAAAGAAAGAAAGAACGAGAGAGAGAGGGAGAGAAGUCAUCUCAUGGAGAGGCUCCUCUCUGGCUAUGGGGGGAUGUCAGAGUUUUAUUGGAUCUGGGGACGAGGCCUCACACACUCUGACUGUGGAGAACCAUGGAGACAUCAACGCACUGAAACUAAAGAACAAUAACAUUCAAAAGGGACCAUUGCUGCAAGAGAAACCGUACCUGCAGGAUCACUUCGUGAGAGACCGCAUCUCCGACGUUGACCUGUUCACACUGUCCGCUCUCCCACACGGCCUGGACCGACAUGAGUGGAUGGCCUUCAAUACCGUCUCUUUCUUUAAGAAUAUUAAUCUCGUCUCGAGCGCUCUGUCUGAAUUCUGCACCUCAACCAGCUGCCCAACAGCUAAAGGGCCAGGAAACAAGGUGUAUGAAUGGAUGGAUGAACAUGGGAAGAAGUUGAAGUGUUCAGCUCCUCUCUACACGGAUUACGCCAUGUCCUACAUCCAGGAACUUCUGACAGACGAAAAUGUCUUUCCCACCAGGGCAGGUGUAAAAUUCCCAAACGGGUUCAUGUUCCUGGUACAGAAGGUGUUCCUGCUGCUGUUCAGAACUCUGUGUCACCUGUACAGCGCUCACUACAGAGACGCCGUGGCUGUGGACCUCCACCCGCACCUCAACACACUCCUCACACACUUCAUCACCUUCAGCCACACCUUCAGACUGCUGGAGGCCUCGGAGACUGCGCCGCUUGAUGACCUCAUCAGUGCUCUCACACACUAACGAACUAACUAACACACACACUCAUACACAUGAACACACAGACACACACAGACGCACACACACAAACACACAGACUGAGGGUCAUUAGUGAAGUGAGGGAGGAAAAAACAAGACUGAGUAGCGUGUGUGUGUGUGUGUGUGUGUGUGUGUGUGUGUGUGUGUGUGUUUGCAGUCCUUUAAUAUUUACUCUGUGCCCUAGAGUAAAGAAAGGAGUCUGAUCUGCACCUUACACACACACACACACACACACACACACACACACACACACACACACACACACACACGCAUGUGCUCCUACUCCUAUUCUCAUGGACUGCUUUGUAUAUGAUAUCUGGUCUGACUGGUUUAAAAAGGAAUAAGAUCCGUUUACACACACACACACACACACACACACACACACACACACACACACACACACACACACACACACACACACAUUACCUUUAUCCUCUAUAAUGCUCAAAGAUAUUUAUAACAUAUAUAUAUAUAUAAAAGACCCCGUGUUUUUUUCUCCGUGUUGUCGUCGUUGUGCCAAAAGCUUUUUCUCACUUUUUUUAUUUCAUUUAAUCCAAUCGAUUAGAAACCAUGUAAAUAUAUCACAAAAUCUUUUUCUUCUUUUUAAAAAAAUAAAAAAUAAAAAUCUCAACCUAAAUAAGGAAUAUUCCGAGAGGCAGGGAUAUUUCUAAUAGUUUACUGUAAGAGAGAUAAAGCAGACAGAGCACGGCUGCGGCGUCGUACCUCGUCUGCACAGUUUACCUUCCUUACAGCGACAGAGGACGAUUCUGCGCAAUGAGCUUCCAGCUUUAUUCCGUUUAUUUCAUUCGUAUAGAGCUUUACAAUACACAUCGUCUCAGAGCAGCUUUACAGAAACAUAUAAACACGGUAUGCAGAUUUUAAAACAAAUAAAUAAAUAAAGAUGUAUGGGUUCAUCUGUAAGAUUCUCCUCUUAAACUGAAAAAAAAAAAAAACUAACCCCAGCAGAAUGAUGCUCAUUUCAUUGUGUUUUGUUUUUGAAAGAAGGCUUUAAACUCUGACCAGUUCACAAUCACAUCAUGACAUGUUAAGUUUGUUUCCUCACACACACACACACACACACACACACACAUUCUCAGAAUAUCGUGAUAAACCUGUCUCUUAACUUAUUGGUUGUGACGGUUUAAAAAUCUUUCAGGAAGCUCAGCAUAGCAGACAUUACUGAGUCAUUUCCUGUGUCUUUAUAUCCUAGAGUCUUUAUUAUUGUGUGCAUUUUUUUACAAAUUCUUUAAAACUGCCAAGUAAAUAUAAAAAUAGCUUGGCCUGUGCACUGGUUUUUACUGCUUUACAAGCUUUUGCAGACUUGAUAAGUAAAUAAAUAAAUAAAUAUAUUCCUAAUUGAUUUAAAUGUCAGACUGAACAUAAUUAUCUGUCGGAGAUAUUUAUAAAAUACGCCACUUACCACAAUACCAUAUAUUUUUAAUAAUAUAAAUAUUUCCAACAGAGCUGUUGUCCCUGAAUUUCACGUCGUUGCUGUUAAGUAGUUUAAAAACUCAUAUUUUGAUGUCACAAAAAUAUUAUGGAUAUUUUACUCGUAAAAUCUUCUUUUGGAUGUAAUUUAGCCGGUAUUGGAGUUACACUUUCCUGUCAAAUAUAAAAAAAUUUUGCAGAAAAAAGAGAAUAGAAUAAUUCGUUGAUGCCCGUGUGAUUAUAAACAAAUAAUAUUUGUUCAUAUUUAUGAAUUUAUCGGUCAGAAAGUCACCAUAUUCUGAGAAUUUAUGAUGUGUCACUAUGAAAUACUCAUUCGUUUCCUUUACACACCAAUAACCAGCACAUUCGUGAAACUGUAUUUCACACACUAACACUUGUCCCUAAUUAUAAUUAAUUAUAAUUCAAUUUUGGACUGAAAACAAUAUGUAUAAAUUAUAUUUUUUAUUAUACCUCAUGGUGUUUUCUUGGUUAAACAAUAAAGAAAUGAUUUUAUAAGAAACGUAUCUGUAAAGUUCUUUCUAUUUAGAAACAUUUAAAUUCUAACACUUUUUGUUUGGUUAAUUAAGUAUGCGAAUUAGAUGAAGUCUAAUUUGCAUUUUUGCGGGGGCGGGGACUAUACACAAAUACUUAUAUCUAGUGUUUUCGGGGCGGUAAGAUGUUUGAGAGUAAGAUGUACUGCCCUCUAGAUAUCUAGUGUUUUUUGUUUAUUUACCUGAAAUGUAUAACUCGUUGCCUUGAGGAAAAGAAAUAUUAAAAUAAUAAAAGUGCAUGAUUAUGUACAGAA